AUGAAGCAUCGUAUCCGGGUACUGGAAUCACUCCGUGCUCAGAUUGACCACGCCCAGGAUGUUGAUAUUGACGCCGCGAUGGAUACUGCACCAACAGUCUCCCUGGGCAACGCGGUCAGUUACGCCAGCCUGGACCAGCAAUUGAGCGCUGCUGCUCAAGAGGUCGACUACCAGCCAGCACUUGCGCCAAACGACCCCGAACGAUCUGAUAGACCUAAUAACGGGGAUCCUUCGUUUGCUACCCUAGUCACUGAAGCGAUCAGGCUGUUCGAGCCCGUUAAGACCAUUGGAUUGGGCGCCAGUAUACCAUCAGCGGGACCAUCCUAUGGUCUAGCCAAUAUCCAGCGCGAACUACUUGCGCUGUGCAACCAAGACAUGCACUUUUUCAUCGACCAGUACUUCGACAGUGUAGGUUAUAUCUACCCCUUGAUCAGCAGGGCUUCUUGCAUCGAGGCACUGGAUCAUGCACUGUAUGCAGAGUCUCAUGAAACGCCAGCGUCAGCCACGCACGCGCCUGGAGAGAACCUCGUCUCGGUCUGUCUUGUGGUUGGCCUCGGGAUCAUGAACAGCCCAAGCUCCCAACGUGCAUUUCCAGUUGUCCAACAACUUAUGGAAAACUCCAUGUCACUGCUACCGACAUAUGCCGUUGAUACAUCCGAUGUAGAGGCCGUUCGAUGUUUAACCAUGGCUUCAAUUUUCGCACUGUAUUGCUUUCAGGAGGCGGCGAGCUGGCACUUCCUUGGAUUGGCCAUGGCCAGGGCAAUAUCUGCGGGCAUGCGCCGGCAACGCGAACAUGAUGGCGUGGACGAUCACGACUCGGCCCAGCUUUUCUGGACUUUGUACAAGCUGGAUCGAGACGCUGCAUUUGCUCUCGAUCUGCCAGUUGGCAUUGAGAAUCAGGACAUCACGGCCAAGAUGCCGCAAAAAGGCCACCUCGUCGGACAUGGUCCAUAUGCACCGCAAUCAUCCUUCAUCUGGUCGGUACACUACUUUGAAAUGUUUGCCAGCUGGCGCCGUGAACCCAAACAAAGUCUGCAAGAACGCUACUCCACCUACGAAUACUGGCGAGAAACGUCCACUGAGCUAACUGCCGGCCUGAGAAAUCCUGGCGUCGUGAAGGCGUCGACGGACAUCCGUGCGGCUGCAGUGCUGACUUUCCACGAGCAACGACUGGCAUGCAGAGCCCUAGUGUACCUUUUGAUCAUGGCAAUCGGCGAGCCAAAGACGAAUCCAUCCUGCCAGCGCAUCUACAACAUGGUACGAAACGAUGUGCCAUCGCUAAUGAAUGCCUUCAAGAACAACCUUGAUACGCUUGAUCUCGCCUCAACCAUUUUGGACGCCUCCGACGUACUCGGAAACAUAAUUGCUUACGUCUGUGCCCAGCAACAGCUGCAGAACAUGCAAGCUGAUAUAGACCAUGCAAAGGUCGCCCGGCUUGCGUAUAGCACUCCGGUGGGAGCCCGUCGGGGACUUGCCAGAGCUUCUGUGGUGCUUCCUAUCAGCUUUGGAGAAACGAGCGGAAAGUAA